AUGGCUUCUGAUCGAUUUCAUGGCAUAGACGGUAAAACCCAGACUGAAUUACUUACAAUUGAGAGCUGCAUUUCCCGUACAUUCAAGAACCCUGUGCUUCUAUUGGAGGCGCUCCAAUUCCCCAGAUCGAUUGUGGGAUGGCAUGGCUCUGAUGACAACACGGGUUUACAAGUGGUCGGUAGCAACGCUAUCAGCCUUGCACGUGCCGCUGUCGAGUACAACUACACCGGUCUAGCUAAUUCUCGUGUAUCGAACGAAACCCAUAACACCAUGUGGCUGGAAGACAGCGUGUCUGUGUGUGGGAGGAAAAUAGGAUGGUUGGACAUGAUCGAAAGAAGCGGUUACGGAGGUGACCAAAAUGAAGCUACCGCCAUUCUUCGGCUCACUAUCAAAGCGCUUAUGGGAGCUGUGUACAUAGAUGGUGGCAUGGAAGCUGUUGUUGUAGUUCUGGAUGAGUAUGAUGACCAUCUGAUCAGGGCUAGUUUGGGCCGUGAAGGUGGAGGAUGA